AUGGGAUCGACGCGUUCUACGGGCGCACACUAUUCUUCAGUGCUAGCCCCAUCAGCCCAGGAGAUCAUCAGAUCGCAGCCCCGUCUGCAACCCUCACCGCUACCACUCCAGCCCAUUCACAACUCGUCUUCCCAUCCGGCUUCGGGCCCGCACAGGCCAUCGCCGACAAAAGGACUUCGUCCUCAGGGCUCCUAUUCGCGCCACGGAAAACUCGGUUUCGUCCCCAUAUCUGCUCCCCCUCCUCCCAUGUUUACCACCGACUCCCCAGCCAAGAAAGCGCCAUUUCCCAUCUACUCUCAAACUUCUAUGCCACAUUCUGCUCUCUUCACCACCUUCUCCAGCGUCAACCCUGAAUCAAAAGAAAACCUUGCCGAAGAACCAUCCAAUGACAGUUUCGCGGACUUCCCAGAGCCGUCUUAUGAUCCCAAACUACCGAUGAAGCGCACACUCAUGGAGGCUGCGCCGCUCAAGGAGCGAUCUAACAAGAAACAAAAGCGCGACGACGCGCCGAUUGCUUACCUACCCGAACCGCACGACAUGCCGCCAGUGGAGGAUGAUGGCACCAAGCCUCCAUACAGCUAUGCUACCUUGAUCGGAAUGUCAAUUUUGCGCGCAAACAACCGUCGCUUGACGCUAGCGCAAAUUUACAAGUGGAUCUCCGAUACCUUCUCAUACUACAAGAACAGCGACCCCGGUUGGCAGAAUAGUAUCCGACACAAUCUGAGUCUCAACAAGGCAUUCAUUAAGCAAGAGCGGCCCAAGGAUGACCCCGGCAAGGGUAACUACUGGGCCAUCGAGCCUGGCAUGGAGGCGCAAUUCCUCAAAGACAAACAAGUGCGCCGCGCCACCAUGUCCAGCCUUCCUCUUCCUGCUGCUCCCCAGAGAGAUCUUAUCCCUCAGUCGCAAACCGCAAGCACCACGACCUGGAUGGUACCACCGCAGCCCGCUUACCACGCCCCACCUCAUCACGCGCCUGCCCCCAGGCCGGCCCCAAAUGACUUGUCUUCGGAUGCUACAUUACCUGCGUCUGACCCUGCUCUUCAAGAUGAUGCGGACGAAGUUGUUCCGGUUCCUGCGCCACGCGCACCGCCUCGUUCCUCUCCACCGCAGACCAUUCGGUCAUCUCCUCCCAUCGCUCCUCCCCGAUUUGCCCGCCAGGGUACCCCUCCCACCCCAACUCAAUCUGGUCCUACCCCCGCGCCUCGCCCUCGUAAGCGCAAGUCGAUUACUAUGAAUGACAGUGGCUAUUUCUCAUCCUUGGAGUCCUCGGCUCUCCGACCUAACAAGGCUGGACAUAUCUUGACAUCCGAUCUAGAUAUCGAGCCUCCGCGCAUCAAGCGUGGCCGUGCCGAAGAAGAGAUCGCGCGCAUGCGCAGCUCAUCUCACGAUGUUAGUCCGGGUCAGCCAGCAGCUCGCAAAAACCCCAACCCACCUAUCGGUUCAUCGCCUCUCCGCAGCCAGUAUGUGAGCAUGCAGCCGCCUCCGUUGACGCCUAUUAUCAAGUUUAAGAAGCCUGCCCGGCCGCCACCAUCUGUGUCCCCUAAUACCAACCUGCGCAACCAUCGCCGAAAGAUCCAGCAAAUGGUAAACUCGCCCAUCAAGCAUCUAGGCCUUUCUGAAGAUGCCCUUCCUUGGAGCCCUGCUUUCAAUCUCCAGGAAGAGAGUUAUACUCCUCAUGAUCAUUUCCAUACCUCCUUUGAUGUUUUCGCGGAUCCUGGAUCAGCACAGGUAUCCUAUGGAUCCCCCGAGAAGCGCUCAGUAAAGCGCACGCGCACUGGUAGCGGCAACACCGUGCUUUCGGACAUCACUUCAGUGAACAUCAAUAACCGCCUGGGUAUGCCCGCGUUGUCCCGCUCCAAGUCAAUGUUCCCUGAGUCGCCAUCCAAGCUCCCAGACAUGAACCGCUUUGGAGACGCUGGCCAGGAAGAUUUCUUCUCGUUCCAUCUCUUCGACGAGAGCAAUGACAGCCCAGGUGAAGUCGACGGUGUUGAUCUCUUGCAGGGCUUCCAAAAAAUUGGAGGCGUGAGUAAGGAUGACACUUUGAAGCCCAGGGCACUUCAUCGACCACAAAUUGGCCACCGCAGCAAUACGACCUUGUUUUAA